AGGCCAAGGAGGGCCAGUAGAGCAAACUGAGAAUGGCUCAGGACAGAACCUCCCCUAUGGAAAGCUCUUGGGAAAUCCUCAAAAAGCACCACAUAGAUGAAGAUGUGGGCUUUGCACUGCCAAAUCCACUGGAGGAGCUGCCUGAUGAAUAUAAUGCCUGGAUUUUGAUUGCUAAAGAUCUACCAGAACUGAUUAAGACUGGCCAAUUUCGUGAAGAAGUUGAGAAGCUACCAAUGCUCAGCACUGAUGAUCUCAAGGAGCAUGACCAACAGCGCCUCGCACACUUAGCUCUGGGCUUCAUUACCAUGGCCUAUGUGUGGAACCGAGGAGAUGGGGAUGUCCGAAAGGUCCUGCCGAGCAAUAUCGCUGUGCCUUACUGUGAACUCUCGGAGAAGUUGGGUCUGCCUCCCAUUCUGGUUUAUGCAGACUGUGUGCUGGCAAACUGGAAGAAAAAAGAUCCCAGUGGGCCAAUGACCUAUGAGAACAUGGACAUUCUGUUUUCAUUCCCCGGUGGAGACUGCAGUAAAGGUUUCUUCCUAGUUUCUCUGUUGGUGGAGACAGCAGCUUUUUCUGCAAUUAAAGUAAUUCCCACUGUACUAAGAGCAGUACAACAACAGGAUGAGGAAGCUCUGCAAAUUGCACUUCUAGAUAUGGCUGACUGCCUAAAAAACGCCCGGGAAGUGUUUAAGAAGAUCAAUGGCUAUGUGGACCCAAAUCUAUUUUACAAAGUUCUUCGCAUAUAUUUGUCUGGUUGGAAAGGCAACCCAGAGCUGCCUGAGGGCCUGCUGUACCAGGGUGUCUGGGACACGCCCAGGCAGUUUUCGGGGGGCAGUGCGGGGCAAAGCAGCAUCUUUCAGUGCCUCGACGUGGUUCUGGGCAUCGGGCAGACCACCGGCAGAGGACCUGCAGCUGAGUUCCUCAAGGACAUGCGAACAUAUAUGCCAUUUGGACACCAGGAAUUCCUCUCUUUCCUGGAGUCCUGUCCAUCAGCCCGUGAGUUCGUCCUUUCCAGAGGCAGUGCUAACUUGAAGGAAGCUUAUGAUAAGUGUGUGCAAGCUCUGGUCUCUCUGCGGAACUACCAUUUGGGAAUAGUGAAGAUUUACAUUCUAGAUCCUGCAAAGAAGCAGUCCAGGGAGGAGGAAACCACCAGUGAGCAAUCGGAACAGGGAAACAGAGGAACAGGAGGCACUGAUUUCAUGAAAGUCCUAAAGACUAUAAGAACAAAAACCAUGGAAUCCCUUUUGAAGGACCGUUAAUCUCGCUCUAGCAAGGGUGUCAGCAAUGCCUAUAAAUCUUCAUCUAUUCCUGUAACUGCUCAUUACAUCAGACUCAUGAAUUAAUAACAUGCAAAAAUUUACUGGUGAUCCACUGUAAAAGAUUUUCAAAUAUC